AUGUUGUAUACGCCGCAUUUAACGGAUAAAUUAACUCAACCAAAAAUAACCACGAAACAAGACAAUCAGAAUGCGAUUGUGAUGAGUCGGGAAGAGGCCCUGGUCACUCUGACCGAGAAAACAUCCUAUCCGAUUUUGCAAGAGAACGGUCAACGUCGUUACGGCCCUCCACCGGACUGGACCGGACCGCAACCUCCACGGGGCUGUGAGGUAUUUAUUGGAAAAAUUCCGCGUGAUUGUUUUGAAGACGAAUUAGUGCCCAUUUUUGAAACGGUCGGACGUAUUUACAUGUUUCGUUUGAUGAUGGAUUUUAGCGGAUGCAAUCGUGGCUAUGGAUUUUGUAUUUACACAAAUCGUGAGGAUACGAGACGAGCCGUGACCGAAUUGGACAGUUACGAGAUACGUCGUGGCAAAACUCUCGGAGUCUGUUUCAGUGUGGACAAUUGUCGCCUGUUUGUCGGUGGUAUACCGAAAACCAAGACCAAAGAUGAAAUCAUGAUUGAAAUGUUAAAAGUGACCGAGGGUGUGAAAGAUGUGAUUGUUUAUCCAAGUGUGGCGGAUAAAACAAAGAAUAGGGGUUUCGCGUUUGUCGAAUACGAGAAUCAUAAAGCAGCCGCAAUGGCUCGCCGUAAACUCAUCCCGGGCAGAAUACAUCUUUGGGGUCAUCAAAUCGCUGUCGAUUGGGCCGAACCGGAACGAGAGGUCGACGAAGAUGUCAUGUCCAAGGCAGACCGUACAGCAUUCGCACCACUGACUUCCAUUCUGGACCAUAUCUCUCAUCGUCUCCAACCAUCGACAAUAUUAUUCUAUGGGCCCCAACCUGGAAGGCCGGCUGCACCAAUGGAAGCCAAAGCUGAAACCAACUUCUUCAUCCCUCUACGCCAUGUCAUGGUCUGA